AUGCAGUUAACAGACGUUGAGUUGAAAAACUUGACACUCAUUGAGAUUGAGAAUAUGUUGCAGUCCAAUCGAAGAAGUUUGCAUGAAUUUAAGGAUAUGCCUUACCCUGAUUCUUAUGUCACACGACACGUUGGCAAUAGAUUGAUUUAUGACGAACGUGAUUAUAAUGCCGAUACUGAGCGAGAAAACUUCAGCAAUCUCUUUCGUUCCCUUACAAGAGAAGAGAAAGAGUAUCUUAGUUACGAUUCAAUUGAUAGAACUAAUACGAGUUAUACUGAAGCUUAUGAAGUGCUAACUCCGGAAUUUCUUAGCAAACUAAGAACAUCAGGACUACCAAAUCAUAGGAUCAAGUUGAAAGUUGGUACCCCCAUUAUGUUGAUGAGAAAUUUGGACCAAAGUGACGGAUUGUGCAAUGGAACAAAAUUAAUUGUUACAAGAUUAGCAAAUCAUGUCAUUGAGGCAAAAAUCAUGUCUAGGAAGAACAUAGGUAACAUUUUUUACAUUCCUCAAAUGUCUAUGUCACCUUUUGAGUCGCCGUGGCCAUUUAAGUUGAUUAGGAGACAAUUCCCGAUAAUUGUCUCUUACGCAAUGACAAUUAAUAAAUCACAAGGUCAAUCACUUGAUAGUGUCGGGUUAUAUUUGCCUUCUCCUGUUUUCAGUCAUGGACAAUUGUAUGUUGCAAUUUCAAGAGUUACUACCAAAAGUGAUCUUAAAAUUUUAAUACACGACAAGGAGAAAGUCCCGUGCUCGACCACUACAAAUGUUGUAUACAAGGAGGUUUUCCAAUCACCUUGUUAG